CAUCAGAACAACCGCUGAAAACUAUCUGUCCUGCUGUGUUAACGUGAUAGGCUAUGAUUAAACAGUGAAACACACAGACUGACAGGCACUGCGCACACUGGGACAUUUCUGUGCUGAAGCUUCUGCGAGCCGAACCACUUCGGGCGUCUCCUCUGCCCUCAAUGUUCCUGCAAUCCGGCGGGUGUUAAGAUCCAUGGAAGUGGCCGGCUUCUACGAGGAGGACAGCUUUGCUUUCCAUAGUAGAGACAGCAUUAUCAGCCCCAUCAGCAGCAGCUCAUACAGAAGGCUUGACGACUCGAUGACGGAGUUGGGCAUCGACGAGCGGGAGAAAGCGAUAGAUUUCUGUUGUUACCUGGAUUCAUCUCUGCUCUGUCCGCAGUUUGCACCGCCGACACAGCAGCAGGGGGACGUCUUGUCAGAUUUCCUGGCCGAGAGCAAGAUCAAGAGAGUUGCAGCUCUCCAAAACUACAAGAACUACCCGUUUGUCAACGAGCUGGAGUCGAGUCAGUGCGACAACUUGAGGGACCCCAGGGAGCCCUACGCGCUGGGUUACACGGAGCUGCAGGAGACCCGUGUGGACACCGUGUUCAGCCCUGAACUUCUCGGGCACCGCUACAGACCUGCCCAGAGGAGCGAAAGUAAGGAAGAGGCAAAGAUGGACAACGGCUCGUCUGGUUUCGACAUGAGACCGUAUCUUCAUUACCAGUCCACUCCCAGCGGCAGUCUCGGAAACAUCUCCACCGCGUCCUCCACUUGCUCCAGCCCCCCCGGCACACCUGCCCCGACAGGUAAAAGCAGGUCACCAUCGCACACUGCCAAAAUGCCCAGCGGCAAACCAAAGAAACGCCUGGACAAGGACAGUGACGAGUACAAGCUGAGGCGGGAGAGGAACAACCUCGCGGUGAGGAAGAGCCGGGAUAAAGCCAAAAUGCGCAACAUGGAGACUCAGCAUAAAGUGCUGGAACUGGCUGCAGAGAAUGAUCGUUUACAAAAGCGUGUGGAGCAGCUGUCGAGGGAGCUGGCGACCCUGCGCAAUCUGCUCUCCGCCACUGGACAAUGUUAGAGACCGCGGCCAGUCUCCGCGCGUCUCUCUGGGAAGCGGCAGAGACUCCUCGGCUACUUGUCUGAUCAUUAAUGGACUUGAAAGCUGAAGGUGUUACACUGAACUGAACAACUGUUGAAAAAUGGUACGCUUACAGGUGAAAACGGCUACCACCAGUUUACAAGGACACUUUAAAUGGGAGUGAGGAACGGGGUGCAUGGAUUGCGCAAUCAUUCAUGAUUCUUGACAUGCCACCUUAGCUUUAUUCUCAGAUGUAAUUUUGUGUAUGCAGUAUUUCUGUGCAGGUUUUACAUACAUGCGAGUGAAUUUAUACAUUUUCCUUAUCUGGAGCAAUGGUUGUCAAGGGAAGAGUUGUACUGCAGUGAAAUGAUGCAACUCUUUGUAACAGUAUUGGCAAUGAAUGAAAUAAGUCUAAUUAUUUAAUAUUAAAGGUGAAAUGCUUUAAUUGUACUUGAUAUUUUAUUGAAUUAAACAGAUUUAUACUUUGUUUUUCA